GCGUUACGGAAGUUGGCCAUCCAAAAAAGAUUUGUUAAUGUAAAGAGCUUCAAAAACAAGCAAACACCGAGCUAAGCGAUUGUGCCACGAACACGUACGCAGUACCUGAAAACAGAAAAGAGCUUCUAAAUCCGAAGGAGAACCGUGUUAUUAUUGUUUCCGAUACGGUUAUUUACACACGCUGUUGUUUAGCCGUUAAACACGAGACACAUUCCUCGGUUAGCUGGAAAAUAAACAAACGCAAUGCUAACGGCUAACGGCUAAUGGACUGUAGAUAACGAGCACCGCGGCGCGAGCCAGACUGAAGAUUAUGAAGACUGAUUCAGACUGAGAAGGUUAAACUAUGGAGCUGUACUGGUACAUAGUUGUCAUAAUAUUUAUUAUGAUAAAGAUCUUCUUCUACGUCUGCUGGUACCGCUCAAGACAGAGGCAGCUGGCCGCAUAUCUCAGUAAUCCACGCAACGCCCAGAUCGUUAUUGUGGGAGGAAGAGCAUACCUGCACCAGAUGUGUGAGAACCAAAACACGUCAAUCUGGCCAAAUUGGUACAGUGUUCAGGAUGAUGGCUCCGUAGGUGAACCCUCCGUUUCUCUUCCUCCUUCUUCUUCCCUCUCUCAUCUGGACUUGCCCCCUCCAUACGAGGCUGUUUCUGGAGCGGACGACCUGAAACCACCUCCGUACAGCGAGUUUGCUCAGAACGACGACACGGACACGUCUCAGAGCAUCGCUAUCCCAGAGGGCAACAAUUCAAGCAUCAGCGAUGACCCGCCUCCAUACACCCCCACCACCAACCAGCACACCAGCAUUCAGUGCCAAGCCGAGCCUGAGGGGAGAUCCAGCUAGUCUCUUCCAACAUCAUGUCUCAGUUUUGUUCACAGCAAGGGCUGUACUUCUCCAUGCAGUUGCUCAGCGUUUAGUUAGAGACUCAUUUAUUGUUUGGUCAUUUUUACUCUUAUUAACGGUGCAUGAGGUGGAUUCUAGACAUGUUAAAAGCUAAGGGGAAACUUUUGGUUUUAAAACAAAAAAGCCUCCUAAUUUUCUCUUCUUGAUGAAAAGAUGGUGAGCUGCUCUAAUGUUAAUGGGUGCUUUAAGCUCACUCAUGCCUUAUUUUGGUUUCCUCUUAUAUAACCAGCAUCAUGACAAUAACACAUUUGUGUACCAUGUUUUCUAGACCGUAUGUCGCAUCAGGUACAAGUAUGGAUUCUUUCUGCUUAGAUUAAGCGUUCAUAUACACGUCGCUUCCUUCACUGUAAUGUAUCCAUUUUCUUAUUUUACAUGUAGUAUGUUCUGCUCCUAAAACAGCACUUAAGCACACCCUAGUGGUAUAGACUUUUUUUUUUUUUGUCUACUGAAAAUGUGAUUACACAUUUUCUUUUCAUUUUAGACCUUAUUUACUUGAUAAAGAGCUUUUGCCGGUGUGACCUCUGCUGCUCCAUUGCCAGUUUCUGCCAGCAGCUAUCUGUCUGUAAGCAUCGGAAGCAUCAGGGUAAUAGUAGUGUGCUCUCUAAUAACUCCCUUGUAGCGAGUGAAGUAGAAUGCCUUCCAUAAAACAAACUCAAAGCUCAUAGUCUGGAAAAUAUGGUUGCACACAGACACACACCACUGCAAUGACUUUGUCCUAUAUGCAUUUCAACUUUCUGACAUUUAUAGAUCUAAUGACUGCUUUAGUCCAGGGGUGGACAAAUGAUAAAUUCAAUAGCUAGCUGUCCUGGCAAGUGUAAAGCUCCAGUGCGUUGCCCAGAUUAAUAUUUCAAACUAAUUGACUACGAUUUAAAAUGACAGUCAGCAUAAUUUAAUAAUACAUGGAUAGCUAGUUAUCAAUAGAAUAAUGGAAAUAAAAGAAGAAUGUUUUAAUGCAUCAAAAUUGUCGAACAACUCUGCUAUGAACUACAAUGUUCUCAAUUCAAAUCAUGGUAUAAAUAUUACUUAGGGCUGGCUAGGGACUUUCUUCCUUUUUUAAAUAAACCGUUUGCAUAUUUUGCUAGCAGAAGAGUUACAUGACAGCAUUACACAGGCACUUCGUUUAUUUUGUUUGUGUUCUCACUUAUUCCAUAUUUUCUUUUUGUUUUCUGUAAAUCUGGCUAGUUAAAAUACUGAAUUCUCUUCAUCUGAAGUGUGUAGUGCAGCAGGCAGUGGGAUUCAGAAACAUGUCAGUUAUCAGCUGUAUCAGUGCAUUACUUUUAUGCAUACUCACCUGAUAAAAACUUCAGUAGUCUGUAUUUAGCACGGUAUAUUUUGAUUUCUCUUGUUCUGCCUACUUGUUGGAUGGCUAUGGGGUUGAAUUCUGCGUUAAAAAAAGCAAAAAAAAAAAAAAAAAAAAGCCUGGACAGGAAAUCUGCUAAUCCUGGGGCACCUGGGCUCGUGAUUUGUCCACCCCUCCUGCAUAUUCACCCUGAAUUGAAUGUACUUAAUCGUGUAGUUUGACCAGUGCCAUGUUAGAAUGAGAUUUAUCAGACCUAGAUGUGUUGAGAAACAUUUGUUCUCGUCUCUAUAAACGUCCAAAGGGAGAGGAUUCUGUGCAGAGGUAAACUUUAACCUCAUGUUUAUGCAUAACCUCGCUUAGUAUGUGAUGACAAUUUCUGAAACUAUCCUUAAGCACUUUUAUGUCAGUGUAAUUGCCUUACUUCUGUCUGUGUAAGUAGGCACGUGCCGAUAAUCGGGGUGUACAGCAUAGCUUAAUAUUCAAGUUACUGUUAUCAUCAUGGACACUUAAAGCUAUCAGAACCAUCCAUGCAUUGCAUUCUUGAGGAAUUAGGUUUGUCUCAUUCAGAAGGUUGGGUCCUUUGCCCUGCAUACUUCAUGUUAUGAAUGAGACGCGUUUCCUUUUCAGUUAAAAUGCUGCUAAGCUUGUGAGAACAGGUCCAGAUAACUAAUUUAUUUUCUUAACUUGAUAUGAUGUUAUCGUAACCGUGAUAAAUGUUCCUCACUUAUCGCGAUAUGACAAUGUAAGAUCGGCACACGCCUAGUUGUAAUGGGCGAAUAUAAUUAACGGUCAUCGGAGUCCACGUGGCAGUGAUGAUGUGAGUAAAUUCAGAGAGUAUGUCCAUCGUACGCUUUUGCUUAUCAGGUGUCCGUAAUGAUUUUAUGCGUUUACGGCACACAGUAAGGAACUCGCCUCCUUCUUUUAUGAUUUCUUUCAGUAUGUGUGUUUAUUAGUAGAUGUUCAUAUCAAUGUUAAUGUGUUUUAAAUAAUGUAUGACUGUGCAGUUGCUGUCAAAUGUAUGAGGUUAACAUACACUUACUGGCUAAUUUAUUAGACACACCUACCUUCUGUGUCUGAUGCACCUGUAAAAGUUACUGAACUGAGAACGACCCACUACCCAAAUGACCUCUGAGUAGCCAGUGAUCCUAUGAUAGUCCCUUCCCAUUAAUAGGUGGCUAACAUCAUCCAGAGCAACUGAUGGUGUUCAGUCAGUAUUAAUACACCUGUAAAGUGGUCUGUAUGGUAGGUGAGUCUGAUAAAAUGGUCAGUAAGUAGCGAUCAUAUAAUAAACUGGCAACUCAGUGUAAUGGGAUCAAUACUUUUUUAUUAUUAAAGCCUCUUGGUAAAACAA